AGAGAGGCGAUUACCUGCAGUAGAAGUGCUGCAAGUUCCCAGUCUGUACCUCCGGCAUCCACUACAGAGGGUGCAGGAGUUUCAGGUGAAAAACCGUCCACAGAAGCUCGACGUCGUACAAGGCACGUGGAGUCUCGGCGAUCAACACCGCUGAUGGUGUCUCUCAAGGCUGGAUGUACAGAGGUGACUAAACUCUUACUUGACGAGGGCUGUUCUAUUCAAGGUGUGGAUGAGACGGGUAGAAAUCUUGUUCACUGGGCGGCGGUUUUGAAUGCAGCACCACUUUUAACUCGUAUCUCACACACGAAAGGCUUCUCACGAAUGCUAGAAGCUAGAGACGACUGUGACAGAACUCCGCUUAUGCUUGCGGUAAGGGAGAAUUCUCUGGAAGCGGCACAAAUCCUGCUGGAACAUCAUGCGGUGAUCGAUGUGUUUGACUAUACCGACAGUUCCCCAAUAAGCGAAGCUAAAUCUCGGGGCUUCAAUCGGAUGUUGGCAUUACUAAUAGAAUAUAAACAAAGAAGGAACCCCUCAUCAUCAGGAGCUUCAACAUCACGUCAUCCAGCUGUGAAAGAGCACAGAGACAGUGAGAGUUCUGCUACUUCUAGCAAUUCAGAGGAGGAGGAGGAGGCUACCGGUUCAGAGAUGGAUACAGCUUUGGGCGGGACGGACAACGCAACUUCAUCAACACAGUACACCCCACAUUACCAGAAUUCCCAAAUUUCCCCUCCUGGAGAUACUCCAACCACAACUGCAGCAGGGAGUGAAAAGUGGCACCCAAAAUCCUUUUGCAACGAAAUAAUCAAACCCGAUCCUUCGGUGUGUAGCAGUAGCAGUGGGAUACUGAAGCAGGAGGAUCGGAUAUCCCCGCAGACGCCAUCCACAUGGAGCCCACCGCUAAUGGCUCCGUCGAGUAUCAAGGAGAUAUCUCCACCAGUUACCACAACACCCUAUUGGCAGCAGCAACAAGGAGGAGGGGGAGGAGGAGGAGGAGGAGGGGGAGGGUAUGUUGAAAGCUAUCCUUACAACGGAGGUGAGCCACAGUUUCCGGCUCCGUUCUCUAGCACAAAUGGAUAUGAACAGACACAACAAAUUUACCAAAGGAAAUAUCAGGAGCAGCAGCAACGGCCACCACCUCCACCGCCGCCACCACAACAGCAACAACAAACUCAGCAUCAGCAUCAGCAGUCCCAAGUCCAACCGAACGGCCUAUGUUCAACAGCGAGGAAUAGUCGUGCACCGGUCUAUGUGGCAAGUAGCCAGCCCUCAUCACGGGGUAUGUUCGUGGUUCAAUUAUGA